UGUGCAAAUCCGCUGUGAUAGCACAGUAUGUAAUUUUUAACAAUGCGGUUUAAAAGAUAAGAAUGUUGUUUUGAAAUUUAGUUAGGCCAAAUGGGAGAAAUCCCCCAUUCCAUGCAUGUCAACGAAUGUCUUUGGAAAUGAGGGAACGCAAAGAACCGCAAUACUUCUACCAGUUCAGGUUUAUUAUCAUUGGGGACAGCACGGUGGGCAAAUCAUCACUUCUCCGGCAAUUCACAGAAGGACAGUUUAUCCAGAGUUCAGACCCGACUGUCGGAGUUGAUUUUCAUGUUCGAAUGUUACAGCUUACAGGUGAGACUACGAAGGCCUUGUAUUUAGUUAGGCCAAAUGGGAGAAAUCCCCCAUUCCAUGCAUGUCAACGAAUGUCUUUGGAAAUGAGGGAACGCAAAGAACCGCAAUACUUCUACCAGUUCAGGUUUAUUAUUAUUGGGGACAGCACGGUGGGCAAAUCAUCACUUCUCCGGCAAUUCACAGAAGGACAGUUUAUCCAGAGUUCAGACCCGACUGUCGGAGUUGAUUUUCACGUUCGAAUGUUACAGCUUACAGAAAAUGUGCGCAUAAAGCUGCAGUUAUGGGACACCGCUGGUCAAGAAAGGUUUCGCUCAAUUACAAGGACUUACUAUAGGAACUGUGUAGGAUGCUUGAUCGUUUAUGACAUCACAAACAGAGAAUCCUUUGAGCAUGCAAGAGAUUGGCUGUAUGAAGCAAAGCAAAGCACUGAUGACCAAGAUGUAGUCUUUAUGUUGAUUGGACAUAAGAUAGAUCUGGACUAUCUACGUGAAGUAACAACAUCAGAAGGUGAAGCCUUUGCCCGAGCUCACGACAUGAUGUUUAUCGAAACUUCAGCUAAGAUAUUGUGUAAUGUGGAAGAGUCUUUCGUAUCAGUAACAAAGGAGGUCUAUCGCAGACUACAACAGGGCGACAUUAAUCAGAAAGAAGGCUGGGAUGGUAUAAAGACAGUUCCUUUCAGGCCAGCUGGCCUCUACCUGUCUCACGAAGAUCUCUCUGAAUCAGGAGGAAACCAGAAGAGGUGCUGUCGAUAAUAAUACUUAAUUCGUAUAUACUCGCUUUAUAUGUCGAUUCAAAUUGUAACAUAGACUCUUGUAAAUGAUUGAAUAUAGAAUAUUCUCAUAAAUCUUUUAGACAUAAUCUUAGGCUUUCUAAUUUCAAAUAUGAUCCCCAACUUAGCAAUGCAACUGUUGGAAUCAACUAACUUUAUUGAAAUGUUUAACCGAUUUUAUGAUCCCCUAGCAACACGUCUUAGUACUCUAAAGUGAGUCUCUUGUUAACAUAGAACUGUUUUGUCUGGCAAGAACAUUAAAAUGCUGAUUGGAAACAUUAUUUUUGACGAUGACACAAUAUGAUUGCCCCUUAAAAAUUUGCAAUAAGUAGCGAGAAAGCUUUAUCUACCACUAAUUUUACUUAAUAAAAGUAACUUUUUCUAAGCCCAUUCCCCGCAAUGACGAUACAAACAAGGUUCCGAGUGGCUAUCGCUUUCUGAAAAUCCAGUACGUUACUGUGAAUUCCUGUUUUUUUCUCGAGAAAAUCCUCCUACUGUCCCGACAGUCCUCGUUUUUAAAGUCUCGUUCACUGUUUGAAAAAGUCCUCGCAAUUCAGUUUUAAACGACUCUAGAAACUCUCGCUUGAUAGGAAACUAUGUCGCCAAACCACAGUCGAUCCCAUGGUUUUCAUUUGACUACGCCUCGUAUAUAUAAACAAUAAGGUUGGAUAGCAAAGCUUGGUAAUGCGGAAGGCUUAGCCACAGAACUCGCUAUGGAAAGGCAUUAUUUUCAUUAGUUCUAUAUAUUGGCUUAGUUGGUGGCCAUUCAUUCUUAUUUUAUAUAUGGUGCAAUUCCUUUUUUGGUAAAAUCCCUUAUUAUACCUGCAUACCUGUAUCUUUAUUAUACCUCAUUAUCUUUUAGAUUUAGACAUUAUUUUUAUAACGCAAUUUUUGCAUUUACCUCACUUCUGUGAGUAGAUUUAUUUGCAAUAUUACAUAUAGGCUCAAUUUAGUAUUUUAUGUUUUUAUCUUAGGGAAUGUUGCAUUUAUGCUCUUUAGAUUUCAGCAUAGACAUGAUUUUGUGUGUUUUGGAACUUGAAGUUAAGCAAUUUGAAAUGAAUAAUUGCCAAACGUUGUAAUCAUUAUUUAUAUUUCUAAGCCCUUUUGUGCAGCUACAAACAUGCUUUGUAUACAGUAGUCAUAGAGUGUAAGAUUAUUUCACUUGUUUAAGUGCCAAAGGUUUUGUAAUAAUGGAGUGCUUAAAAACUCGUCUUUGGACCCCUUUCUGCUUCUAAGCGUGUUGACCAGUAAGUUAGUUAUAGCUACUCACUGUAUUCAGUUCUUAAGUGUAGCUUUAUUAAAAAACGAUUUUCGAAAGUUUGGAAGCAUAACAUGAAAAUGCAUCAGAAGAUAACUCUUAUGGUGCAAAAUCAAUUUGUAUGUUGCCAAUUGACAAAGAUAUAGCAAAUGAAAGAACUGUCGUUCUACUUUUAUUUUAGCCUUGUUCAUCGGUUUUCAUAGCAAGAUCAAAAUACAGUGAUUUGAUUGGGGAAAGUGCAUUAGCUAAUUAGGGCAAAGUCCAAAUUGAAAAAUUCUAGAAAUGUAUUUUUAUGACAUCAGUAUUCGCAGUGCUUUCCAGGUUAAGAAAACUCACUUUUGAGUUCUCUUAUACAAACAAAACCUUCAGCAAAGGCACUAUAUCCCGUCAGUCAACCAUUCAGAAUUAGAAAAGAGGCUUUGCA